AUGAUAUGGACAGAUAGAAGAAUUAGCAUUGCUAUGCUUUGGAUCGUCUCUCUCAGAUGGAUAUGUCUCUCUGUGGGUGCACAGAUGAUGAUCCCGCCUGAAAUUGUGCAGCAGUGGGCCAACACAUUUGGAAAACAGCUCUUUGCCUUAUCAACCAGAUACUCUGGAUCUCAACUACUGCAGAAGAAGUACAAGGAUGUUGAGCCCAUAGUGAAGAUUGAGAAGGUGGACGGCAUGGAGCUGGUGAAGAAGUUUGCAAAAGAUAUGGAGAACAUGCUUGGCAGGAAAAUGGAUUCUGUCAAAAAAAUGGCAGAGACUGCAGAAGAUGCUGAUCUCUACCAUGAGUACAAUGCCACAUUAAAGUUUGACUAUUAUAAUGCCAUGCUGAUAAACACUCUGGAUGAGGAUGGGAACUAUGUGGAGUUAGGUGGAGAGUUUCCACUGGACAAAAAUGAACACUUCAACAGACUUUCUGUGAACAUACAACAGAGCGUCAUCCAAGUGCCCACCAGUGUCUACAACAAAGAUCCAGAUAUUCUGAAUGGUGUGUACAUGUCAGAGGCUUUAAAUGAAGUGUUUGUCAGCAACUAUGAGAAGGACCCCACUCUAACCUGGCAAUAUUUUGGCAGCCCCACUGGCUUCCUCAGGCUGUAUCCUGGUAUUCAGUGGACACCAGAUGAAAAUGGCGUAGUCACCUUUGAUGUUAGGAAUCGCAACUGGUAUAUCCAGGCAGCCACCUCCCCCAAGGACAUCAUCAUAGUGGUAGAUGCCAGUGGUAGCAUGAAGGGCUUAAGAAUGACUAUAGCCAAACACACAAUCAACACCAUCCUGAACACCCUGGGAGAAAAUGACUUUGUCAAUGUCAUUGCUUACACUGAUUAUGUACAGUAUUUGGACCCCUGUUUUAAAGGCACACUGGUGCAGGCUAAUCAAGAAAAUCGAGAGCACUUCAAGCUCUUAGUGGGAGGCCUUCAUGUGAAAGGAGAGGGGAAGGUGAAGAAAGCAGUGAAAGAGGCUUUCCAUGUGCUUAAUGAGGCUGUCACAAUGGGCAAGGGAAGUCUUUGUAACCAGGCAAUAAUGCUGAUCACUGAUGGUGCAAUGGAAGAUUUUCAGCAGGUGUUUGAGGAGUUUAACUGGCCAGAGCGAAGGGUUCGGGUGUUUACGUACCUCAUUGGACGAGAGGUAACAUUUGCUGAAAAUGUCAAAUGGAUUGCCUGCAAUAAUAAAGGGUACUAUGCACACAUCUCCACUCUGGCAGAUGUACAACAGAAUGUUAUGGAGUAUCUACAUGUUCUCAGUCGACCAAUGGUCAUCAGCCACAGUCAUGAUAUAAUUUGGACAGAGGCCUACAUGGACACUGUGCUGUUUAGCACUCAGGCCCAGAGCUUGCAGCUUAUGAGUUCGGUGGCCAUGCCAGUGUUCAGCAAGAAAGAGAAAAAUCUGUCUCACGGUGUACUCCUGGGUGUGGUUGGAACUGAUGUUCCUUUGAAAGCGCUCAUGAGACUGGCUCCCCAAUUCAAGCUUGGAGUUCAUGGCUAUGCAUUUUUAAACACAAACAAUGGCUACAUCCUCUCGCAUCCAGAUCUACGGCCACUAUACAAGGAGGGAAAGAAGCUAAAGCCCAAGCCAAAUUACAAUAGUGUUGAUCUGUCUGAGAUUGAGUGGCAAGAUACUGAUGAUGCUUUGAGAACAGCAAUGGUGAAAGGCACAACAGGAACACUGUCUCUGGAUGUGAGAACCACAUUGGACAAAGGGAGAAGGGUUAUGUUUCUGAAAAAUGAUUACUUCUACACAACCAUCAAUGAGACUCCAUUCAGUCUUGGAAUUAUGCUCCCACAAGGUCAUGGCAAGUUUAUCUUCACAGGAAACAUUUCAGUGGAAGAAGGGUUGCAUGAUCUUACUGCAUCUGAUGUUAUGAUAGCAAAUGAGUGGACAUACUGUGAAACUGAUAGUGACCCUAACUAUCAUGAAUUAACACAGCUACAGGCUGUAGCCCACUAUCUCACUGGCAAAGAGCCUGACCUGCGGUGUGAUGAGGUUCUCCUCAAGCAGACUCUUUUUGACGUGGUGGUUACAGCACCUAUGGAGGCAUACUGGACUGCCAUAUUGCUCAACGCAUCUGGGAUUGAUGACGGGAUUGAAACAGCGUUCAUAGGCACUCGUUCUGGUCUUUUGAGGACGUUUAGAUAUGUGGGUGCUGAGAAACGGGUAGCAAAGAGGUUUCUAACCCCAUCAGACAAAGAAAACCUUUUCACUCUGAACCACUUUCCGGUGUGGUACCGCCAUGCUGUAGAGAACCCAGCGGGGAAUUUCUUAUACUAUGCUCCCCAAGAGGACAUGCAAGAUGGUGGGAUCUUGAUUGCUGUGACGUCUGUUACUGUCACAGUAGACCAGAAAACAGCUGUGGCUGGAGCUGUUGGAGUACAGAUGUCUCUAAGAAUGGUGAAGAACAGUUUCUGGGAUAUUACAACUCAGACCAAUGACACAGAUUGUGCAGGAAUAGAAGGGCUCUGUCCACUGAGCUGUACUGACAGUUUGGACCUCAGCUGUUAUGUCAUUGACAGCAAUGGCUUCAUAAUCAUCUCCAAGGAAACAAGUGAGGUGGGCAGGUUUUUGGGGGAAAUCGAUGGGUCUGUGAUGUCACAGUUACUGCAAAUGGGAAUGUUUAAAAGUGUUUCUCUGUAUGACUACCAGGCUAUGUGUAAAGUGAACCCAAACUCUGCCAACAGUGCACGACCACUCCUCAGUCCAUUUUACAACUUGAUGGUGGUCCUGAGGUGGUUUUUGUCCAACGUCCUCUUGUUUCUACUGGACUUUAACAGCUACAGUUUAUGGCACUCAGAUAUUUUUGCUGAGGCAAAGGCCUCAUUUCAUGCAUCCAGUAAGAAGACAAAGGGGGACAUCCUCCAGCCUUGUGACACAGAGUACUUCAGCUUCAUAUAUCAGCCUUCAGUCAAGGAGACCAACAGCUUCAUUGAGUGUGGGAGGUGUCAAAAGGCCUUCGUGAUUCAGCACAUCCCUGAGAGCAACCUUUUACUGAUUGUGGUCCAGGCAGACUGCGACUGUUCUCGCCAAUACUCCUCUAUUACCAUGGAGCCCAGGGAGGUCAAAUAUAAUGCUUCAGUAAAAUGUGAACGAAUGAAAUCUCAGAAGAUUCGCAGGCGACCUAAGUCCUGCCACGCAUACCACCCUCAGGAAAAUGCCAAGGACUGUGGAGGGGCAGCAGAGAUGCAACUAUCAACCAUUGUCUUCCUGACUUCCCUGUUUGUUUCAUCUGCAACUGAUACUGCCACCUAA